CCCAUUUUUUAUUUUUAAUCUUUCCUCCUCAAACCAAAAAAGAAUAUCCGCCUCUGUCACUUCUGGAGUGUUUCAGUAAACUUAUUAUCCAAAAGGGACGAAAAUGGCGUAUUAGCUCCCAGCAAAUAUCUUUGCAUUUCAGGUAUAUCUUAUCUUGGUCUUCAUUUAGUUGCUUUUGUGUUCGAGUGAUUCAGAUUUUCAUUUCACUUUUCAAAUUGAAUUUUUCUGCAUUCCGACCGGACAUUGUCGCAAUUAAGAUAUAAAGUUUUGAUCUUUAUGGCUGGAUUUUGCCUAUAUGACAUGAAUAUGCUUUGCCUGAUACAACUUUAUUACAUACUUUUUUGGUGAAUCGAGAUUUGUAAUUUUCUGGUCCAAAGUCCAAAUAUACAUUCGGUUUUCACUCUCUGGAUGGUGGAUAAAAUGCUGCAGUUAAUGUAGAAGAGAUAUACGAGUACUACUCUUUAGGUAUAUGGCGGCGCAAGUUCCUUUGUCUUAUUUUCCAACCUCUACUUUCCAUUCUAGGCACUUUUUCCAACAAAGGACAAAGUCAAUAGCUAAGAGUAUCAUUGUCCAAUGCCAUAUGACCACGAGAAGAGCUACAACAAACGCCACUUUGGCUGCUCUAAUCACUACAUUAGUGAUGGAAGCUACCUUCAUUGGAAAACCCGCGAAUGCCCUUGAUUUUGGACUCACAGCACCGAAUCAAACACUAGAACAGGCCGAGGGUGGGAUCAGAGGCCACGCCCGGAGUCUACUACGAGUGAAGGACUUGUUGGAAGAAGGGUCGUGGAAAGCGGCACAGAAGACACUGAGGAAAAGCUCGGCAGAACUGAAACAAGAUAUGUAUACAAUGAUUCAAGCUAAGCCAGGGAGUGAGAGGGCUGAGUUGAGGAGAAUGUAUACAAAGCUAUUCAACAAUGUCACUAAGCUAGAUUAUGCUGCUGAAUCUAAUGAGAAUGUGGCUGUUGUAUGGGAAUGCUAUGACAAUAUAGUUUUAGCCCUUAAUGAUAUCAUGUCAAGAUUAUUAUACUAGUUCACAAUAGUUCAAACUUUACACUUUUAUUUGAUCGAGGAAUGAACUACAGGUUCGUAUACUUCUUGCAUCUUGAAAUUAUUGUCCAGUUUAGAUUUUCAUUUUUAGUUCAAAUUAUAUUACAACUGAAAAUGCAAACUAGACUAUAAUUUGAAGACAG